GCACUGCAGCGCGAUACGCAGCAGGAACAGAGCCUGUUCAGACAGGUGUUGCUGGAGGGGAUGGGGAACGGGAGAGAGGGGGCACUGAGAGGGGGCACUGAGCACUUUUUAUUGGGGCAUCACUCAGCAGAAGCUGGGAAAUGGCAGUUGCCCUGGGUAGGGAGCUGAAGGGCUGCUCUGAAGGGCACCAUCCAUCUCAAGAGCCUAGUGGUCUCAAUGUGGAGUCCCCAGGGACUCCAGCACAGCACGCAAGUGUGCUGGACGGCGAGGCCCUCCCUCCGCAUUCACCCUCACAGCCCGGCUGCCUGCCUGCCACGCACCGGCAGGGAAGAGCCCUGCCCAAAGGCCCCGGGAGCUCUUCUCGAGCAGGACAUAAUGGGACAUGGCCAACUUCUGCCCACAGGCUGCACCGGCACCCAGGGACAAAGGAACAGGAUGGAGGCCAGGUUCCUCGACACGAAUAUGAAGCACCCCAAGGAGGGACAGCGGCUGCAGCUGGAGUGCCUGAAUUACGACAGGAACAGACCCAUCUUCUGGAUCCGCCUGGACAAGGCUGGGAGCCUUCACUUCCUCAUCUCCAGUACCCAUUCUUAUUCCACCAACUUGCAGGAGGGUGAGAAAACACCUACAAACUUUGAAGCAUCAUGGAGAGGCAACUCCUAUCGGCUGGUGGUGAAGAACUUCAGGGCACAGGACCAGGGAAUCUAUUACUGUGUCAACUACAGCAACCAGGUGCUGCACUUCAGCUCUGGACAACACAUCUACUUCACAGUCACUACAGCAACAGCAGCACCCACCACACCCGCUGCCACCGCACACAGCAGCCAGGUAACCAGCAAGGACAUCUCCUGGCACAACCCAUAUCCAGGUAACCCAGCUGCAGGGAGGCAGGGGCUCUGCCUGCACUGCUGCUUUGCUCUCAACAGCCUGAAUUAAGGCGUGUGCUGACUGAUGUGGGCAGAGAAAAAGUCUUUGAAUCUGUAUCAGAGAGCUGCCCAUGAGGGGAUGAAACUAACUACAUUUUGCACUGAGCUCACCAGGAAAGAGGUGCAGUGACCAUCCACAGAGAUAUUUGACUUCUCUGAGUGAGGCACUAAAGGACGUGGGAUAUUAAUGGGACUCAGAAGGACAGGAUGAUGGUUGGCCUUGGAGAUCUUGAAGGGCUUUUCCAAACCAAAUUAUUCCAUGAUUCCAUUAUCCAAGCUAUCUUUCCUCCUACUUGCAGUGAUCUAAAAGUCACAGGCAUGCCAAAUGAUGGGUCACACCAAAACAAGGGAUUGCAUUUUCAGCUAACACGGGUUUUAGCCUCAGCAGGGGAUACAAGAAGUCUUCUGGCUACAUGUCCUCCCUCAGCACCCCAGCACAAUGCAGACAGCCGCAGCCCACGGCUGGGGAUGUCACCUUCAGACAUGCCUGGUCACCACCUCUCUCUCUGUGCCCUAAGGAAGCCCUCUCCUCACCUACACCUACCACCAGCCUUGCUCAAAGCCACACGGCUCCCUUUCCUGCAGGACCUCCCGAUGGCUCUGCCACAAUUGGACCUAACCCCAGCUGGGAGCUCGGCCUUUCCUCUUUCUCCUCUCUCUCUCCUUUCUUCCAGCAGGAACAAGCAUUGAAAACAGACUGUAUUCUAUCUGUGAAGUUUUCCUCUGGGUUCGAGUGGCUGGCACCUGCCUCCUGCUCCUCACUGCCAUAACCAUCACCAUCGCGCUCUGCCAAAGGACCAAGCUCACCGUAAGCAAGCAGUGCUGCGUGGCUGCUCAGCAGAAGCCACACAGGCGUCCUCCUCAAGCACCGCACUGACACCAGCAGCAACACAGACAGCUGCCCUGAUGCAGCGCGGCCAUUUGCCUGCUCCUCCUCUGCCUGCCCACCAGCACUGCACACCUCCCGCCGCCUGACAUGUGCUCCUGCCCCACAGCGCUGUUACACACCCACACCGCCUGGACAGCGCUGAC